AUGGGUCAGGACAUAAGUGAGUUGAAAAGCUUUAGGGAUGAUGUGAGAUCGACCUUAAGGAACCAUGGCGAAAAACUCAAGUGGAUGGAGGCUCGAGUAGGAGAGCUAUCUCAACAGGCUCCCAAGUCAACUGCAGUGUUCCCUAGUGACACUGAAAAGAAUCCUAAGGGGGAACAAAAGGGAGUGAGAUGGGAGGAAUGCAAGUCCAUCACCAUAUUGAAGGAAGCCUCAGAAGAAGAAGGAAUCAGACCCUCAGAAAAGGAGACAGAAAUCCUGAAAGACAGUGUGGAAGAAGCUAAGCAGGAAAAUGGAAUGGAGCAAGCCAAAGAAUUGCAAAAGGAAGGCAUGCUGGGAACAUACCAACCAAAAGUACCAUUUCCUCAGAGGAUAGGAGGAGGUGAAAAAGGGAAAACAUAUUCGAGGUUCUUAGAGACAUUUAAGUCUCUCCACAUCAAUAUUCCCUUUCUUGAGAUUCUCCAGCAGAUGCCUACACAUAUCAAGUAUUUGAAGGAAUUGCUAAGCAAGAAAAGGGUUUUGAAGGGAGGACAAACUAGGCUACAACUGAAUGAGGUGAGAUCCACUGAUGUAAUCAUACAACUGGCUGACAAAACUCAGAAGCAAGCUGAAGGGGUAGUUGAGAAUGUGCUGGUGAAAGUGGGAAAUUAUUUCUUCCCCACAGACUUUGUCAUUUUGGACAUGGAGGAAAGCUACCUACACCCUAUCAUUCUGGAAAGGCCAUUUCUAGCCACUGCCAGAGCGCUUAUAGAUGUAGAACAAGGAGAGCUAAUUUUGAGAAUACAUGAUGAACAGCUCAUUUUCCAUGUUUUCAAACCUGCAUCUGAUCCUGAACCAGAAUCUGAAAAGCCUAAGGAUGAUAGUAGCCAUCUGUGUUUGGAGGAAAGCAAUCCAGCAGCUGAAACUCUGAAACAGUCCUUGGAAGGCAAACAAGAAUUACAAGAGUUAAAGCCACAAGAAUCAAAAGAAACAGAUAAGAAGGAACCUCCUGGCAUAAGGGUCAAUGAAGAAAUCCUCAAAAGAGAGGGAAGAAGUGUAAAGAAAUUGCCAAGAGGGUGGAGAAACAAGAAAAUUCCCACUGAAGGUUUCUCUCCGGGAGAUAAAGGUAUCUAUUGGAAUCUUGCUGCUUGGCCAUUUUAG